GAGAGCAAGCUCUUAUAGGGUCUAACAAAACUCUCCUUCGUUCCCUCCUUCCGAUUGUAAGAGCAUCAGCCCAACAUAAGCGUGGCAAUGGGGAGUCGCAGUGAGAAAACCUGGCUUUACCCUCCAAGCCUUAAUCACCAACAACAACGUCCGCCGGUAUCAUCAUCAACACCAACUGUUGAUCUUGUCUCAGUAGCUGAUGCUGCCGCAGUCUUACAGGGCAGUGCCGGUCCAGCCAUUUCCUCCGGCACCAAUUCUGAUAUUCAUAUUAGUGAAGAAGAAAAUUCGAAGAAAGGAGCACGGAAGCGCACAAGAACAUCGAAGAAAGCACCGACCACCCUCUUCAAUACGGAUGUCCACAAUUUCAGAGCUAUGGUGCAGCAAUUCACCGGCCUGAGUGCUGCCUCGUUCGUCCACGGAAAUCAAGGGGGUAGCAGUCUCAGCUUUGGGCAUGAAGUCAGACCCGACCAUCGUCAGAUCAGUCCCUCGGCUCUAUCAGACAUGACCCAUCAACAAAAAGAGACGGGAACAUCGGCAGUCUCCGGUGGCCGUCCUCGUCCAGCCAACAGCUAUGGCUAUUGGGGUCUUCGCUGAUCUAGGGUUGCAGGUGUUGACUAUGGAGAGGUGGAAGGGCAAUUUCUGAAGCCACUUGUGGUGACCCAAUCUCUCAAUGUUUUUGCCUUUUUCAUGCGGCCCUCUAAUAUAUUCUGCAUAGUUUAGUUAAUGACGCAUAUAUUUUUGUUCAUGAUACUUUAAUAUUUGUUCAUGAAAUUGUUCAAACCCGCAAAACCAAUGAAACAUAGCCCCAUCUCAAUUAUGU